GUUGUAUGCGUGUUUGAACGAUCUAGUGCACAUUUGUCAUCUGCGUGCCGUGAACCACGGAACCACUCCCGCGGCGUGUUAACCGUGUUUUCGCGAUCCUCGGUUAAAGCAAACGCAGCAACAUGGCUGUAAACGUGUACGCCACAAAUAUGACAUCCGACAAUCUAAGUCGUCACGACAUGCUCGCGUGGGUAAACGACUGCCUGCAAUCCUCGUUCACCAAGAUCGAGGAGCUGUGCACCGGUGCGGUCUAUUGUCAGUUCAUGGACAUGCUCUUCCCCGGCAGUGUACCCUUGAAAAGGGUCAAGUUCAAGACGAAUCUGGAGCACGAAUAUAUACAGAAUUUCAAAAUUCUCCAAGGUGGCUUCAAAAAGAUGAACGUGGACAAGGUAAUACCAGUGGACAAGCUGAUAAAAGGGCGCUUUCAAGAUAACUUUGAGUUUCUACAGUGGUUCAAAAAGUUUUUCGACGCAAAUUACGAUGGGCGUGAAUAUGACGCUUACGACGCGCGCGGCUGCAUACCGCUAGGUUCCGGCGUGGACGGGACGCACACUUUGUCGAAUCCUCAGUUGGUACCGUUGCCGCCGCAAUCGAAACAGCCGCAAAUCCAACAAAGACACAUACAGCAACGUAACAUCAUUGUGCCAAUUGAUAGGCUGGUGAAAGGCAGGUUCCAAGACAACUUUGAGUUUUUGCAAUGGUUCAAGAAAUUCUUUGAUGCAAACUACUCGGGAGCGGAGCCGUACGAUGCGCUUGCUAUGCGAGGAGGGGAGCCUAUGGGUAGUGGCGGAAGUAAUGCACCUCGUGGUGGUUCUAACAUGAAACGUGCUUCUCCACGUGACACAGUAAAUUCAGCUAAACCGGCUCCUCGUACUACUGGUGAGGGACAACCAUCUACCAUGCGUGCAGAUAGUACAAACACUUUAGUAAAUAAAGUUCAGCCUCCGUACCGUGCGCCACCCAAAACCACAGUCGGCAACCGUGGCGAUAACGGAAAAAUUGAGGAACUUAGUGCACAGUUGGUUGAACUGAAAAUGUCAGUCGAAGGUCUGGAAAAGGAGAGAGAUUUCUACUUCGGAAAAUUACGUGACAUAGAAGUCAUGUGCCAAGAUUGCGACAACGGCGGCGAUCCACCACCUAUUAUACAGAAAAUUUUAGAAGUCCUUUAUGCAACAGAGGAUGGUUUUGCGCCACCCGAAGAAUUGGAAGGCGACGGACUUGCGCCCGACGACGAGGAGGAAUAUUAACCUUUUUUAUUUGCCGAUGUGUAAUCGAAAUGAACGACAGCAAAUUAUCCAAGUGCGUUUCAGUUUACCAUGCCUGUGAGCCAGUAUCACUAUCCCUUGCAUAAUUAUUAUAUAAGCUAUUUUACAUGAGCAAAUUCAACAGUUUUAACGCCGAUUGUGCAUACGUUUUGUUAAUAAAGUUCACCGAAAUCAUUAAGAUUCGCACUAUAUUAGAAUAGAUUUAAGUUGAGUAGUGCACUUGAAUAACUUGUUCUUUAUUGGCCGUUGACGAAAGGAGAGAAAUGAUGGAAAUUAGAAGAAGAAAGUCAACUAGUAAUCCAUCACAAAUUAUUACAAUUCCUUAUAGCGUUAAAAUGGUAGAGUUCCGAAGACCAAUGGCUCUCGAAUUGCCUCGACAAUUUAUGGAUACCGAUACCUAUCAAUGUUAUCUACAUCCGUACUGUUACGUAGCGAGUUACGUUAACUACACUUUUUUUAAAUGCGUGAGUGUUUUGUUUGUAAUUGUAUUAAGUUUGUAUCGAUAAUGAAUCACGAAGCUCCCGUCAACAAUUUUGUAUUCUGAAAUCUAUUUGUAGUCAUCUAAAAUAUUAAUCCUACUGAGAAGCUCGGUCGAAAGCCGCUCAAUCUGUUUCCACUCGUUUUCUAUGUGCAAUAUGCCCGAUGCACUCAUGGUUUCGUGUGAAGUAAGUUUUCAUUGUCAGCGAGAUAUAAUUUGGAUACAUAAUGUUAAGAUUCAAUUCCGCUUUGACAUUCUAUCAUAGAAGCUACUACACAACAUAUUCGUAGAGACACAAACCAAACAUGCAUAGCGUCAAGAUAUUUUGAUUUCAAUAAAUUAGACAGUGUACGCUUCGUGAAGGCAGAUUGCGAGACAAAAUGGUACGCUUAUACACUCGAUUAUUGAAUUACAAAGAUGUGAAAGACUAAAGUUAGACUAAAGUUAUAUUGAAAGAUUCAUCUAUUAAUGUUUAUCCCGUACAAAUCGAUUUUA